UUUAAUUCGAAAGUAAAAACCUUUUCGAAAAGACAGCUUUUCAAGGUUUUCAGAAAACAUUUCUAAAAACCUCCAUACUCCCGCACUAAUUUUACAUCAAAGAGAAAAACGAGGAUCUACAAGAUUGUAUUUUUGUUCUUAUGUAGAUCCAUAAAACUCUUCAAAGAAAGGGUCAACAGUCAAGUGUUUUACAAAUACGGUAUGCUGGAUGUAAGGGUGUAGUAACAAGUGAUCCUGCACUGGAUGGCCAAGAAAAACAAUUGAUACUUCGUACAACUAUUGAAUUAUUGAACGAAAAACUCAUACAUGUAUUUUCGUUACAAAAUUUAACCACAUUUUCAAAUCUAUGUCACGAAUCAUUUUUUCGUCAAAUUAUUCUUAAUUGUUGUUUAAGUGAUAUUCAUAGUUUAAGAAACCGCGCACAUAUUCAAGUUGAUAAAUCAAAAGCACGAUAUAUGUACGGAGUUGUCGACGAGUAUGGGGUUCUUGAGUAUGGCCAGGUAUUUAUUCAGUUUUCAAGUAUGAAUUCAUUGGAAACAACAAUACUAAACAAUCAAAAAGUUGUUGUCACGAAGAAUCCCUGUCAUCAUCCAGGGGAUUUACGAACAUUUGACGCAGUUAACUGCAAAGAAUUACAACAUAUAAAAGAUUGUAUUGUAUUUCCAGCAAAAGGACCAAGAUCGCAUCCGAAUGAAAUUGCUGGAUCUGAUCUUGAUGGGGACGAGUAUACAGUUAUUUGGUGUGAAGAUCUAGUACCGUUUUUUACCAAAAAUCCAUUACCAUAUGACUAUGAUGAUGAUAUUAAACUUAAAAAAUUAGGUCGCGCAAUCACAAAAAAUGAUAUUAUUAAUGUAGUGCUAAAUAUUUGUGAACAAGACAAUAUUGGUCGACUAAGUAAUCUGCAUUUGGCAUAUGCGGAUAAAUUUGGAUUAAAUGAUCAACGUUGCAUUGCACUAGCAGGUGGUAUUAGUAAAGAACUAGACUCAGUUAAAACUGGCGAUCAUCCAUAUACAGAGAAUGAUAUUGUUUGUCUUGGCAAAGAUUUAAAUAAUGAACGACCAGAUCACAUGGAAUGUAGAACAUACAAAGCCUAUCCAUCAACACAUGUUUUAGGCAUAAUUCAUUAUUUAUCUAGCGAUAAAGACUUGCUAUUGAUAUUUUUCU